UUUAACAACACUGGCCUGAAUCCCAUGCACAUCCAGUUCAGCCGUGGCUGAAGUUGCCUGCUGACUCAUGCAGUUGCAGCCAGCGGGAACUGGGAGCAUGGCUUCUGCAGUCGCAGCAGCACUAGUGAGCUGGGGGUUUCUGGAUUACAAGACAGAGAAAUAUGUGAUGACCAGGAACUGCUGGGUGGGCAUCUCCCAGAGGCUGCUGCAGCUCGGAGUGGUAGUCUACGUGAUUGGGUGGGCCCUCUUGGCCAAAAAAGGCUACCAGGAAUGGGACAUGGACCCCCAGAUUGCUGUCAUCACUAAACUCAAGGGGGUUUCUGUAACCCAGGUUAAGGAACUGGAGAACCGGCUGUGGGAUGUGGCUGACUUCGUGAGGCCAUCACAGGGAGAGAAUGUGUUCUUCCUGGUAACCAACUUCCUGGUGACACCAGCUCAAGUCCAGGGCAGAUGCCCAGAGCAUCCUUCUGUUCCUCUGGCUAACUGCUGGGCUGAUGAGGACUGUCCUGAAGGGGAGACGGGGACAUACAGCCACGGCAUAAAGACUGGUCAGUGUGUGGCGUUCAACGGAACCCACAGGACCUGUGAGAUCUGGAGCUGGUGCCCAGUGGAGAGUAGUGCUGUGCCCGGGAAACCCCUGCUAGCUCAGGCCAAGAACUUCACGCUCUUCAUCAAAAAUACUGUAACCUUCAACAAGUUCAACUUCUCCAGAACCAAUGCCUUAGAUACCUGGGACAACACCUAUUUCAAGUACUGUCUCUAUGAUUCACUCUCCAGUCCGUACUGCCCAGUGUUCCGCAUCGGGGACCUUGUGGCUAUGGCUGGAGGGGACUUUGAGGACCUGGCAUUGCUGGGUGGUGCUGUGGGCAUCAACAUCCACUGGGAUUGCAACCUGGACACGAAAGGCUCUGACUGCUCUCCCCAGUACUCCUUCCAGCUGCAGGAGAGGGGGUACAAUUUCAGGACAGCUAAUUACUGGUGGGCAGCCUCAGGCGUGGAGUCCCGGAGCCUGCUCAAACUCUAUGGGAUCCGCUUUGACAUUCUUGUCACUGGGCAGGCAGGAAAGUUUGCACUCAUCCCUACGGCCAUCACAGUGGGCACAGGAGCAGCUUGGCUGGGCAUGGUCACCUUCCUCUGUGAUCUGCUGCUACUGUACGUGGAUAGAGAGGCCGGUUUCUACUGGAGGACCAAGUAUGAAGAGGCAAGAGCCCCAAAGGCAACUACCAACAGUGCAUAGACAGAGCCGGCUUUCUCACCUGCGAACCCUGCUGCCCAGGUGUCUCAGGAGUGGUUUGCACCUGCCCCACGUCUGCUGCUGCCGGGAUCCAAGCAUUCAUGCACCAGUGGCCUAUCUGGAUGGCGUCGGCCUAUCCAUUCCUGAGGCAUACACCCUCUCCCUGCUAGUUAAAGUUAGGGCUUGGGAACAUCGAGGACAAAGCCCCGCAGGACUGGAGAGGGAGAGGGGGUUGGGGUAAUUCCACCAGACUCUGCAUGCAGACUCCCUCCUAGGUUCAGCCAGAGAGAGAGAGAGAGAGAGAGAGAGAGAGAGAGAGAGAGAGAGAGAGAGAGAGAGAGUGCAAUGUGGCUGAAUGAAUGGUGGCUGGUAUCCUUGGAACUCUAUGUCUGCUGGGGCACUCUGCCAUCUAGUUCAAGGCCCCUAGUCCUGGCUACCAGGUUUCUCGGGAGCCUAAGGAAUGAGAGAAGCUGCAUGUCUAGGAUUUCCUGUUAUCAAAUCAGUCCUGGCAACCUCAACCUAUUCUGAAGCACCUGCCUGCCAGAGGCCCUAACUCUGGCCCUAGCCAGAGUGCCACAGUUUUGAGGUAUGGUCUCAUAAAGGGCACUGGGGUUCCUUAGGGCUGGCUGGUUCUGGAUCUGUAACUAUCCUUCCUUGAUUCUUCCCUUAGUAAGACUUUCCCCAUGAACCAUAGAAAGAAGGGCAAGGACGGGCUACAUAAACUUUCCUGGUCCAAGGUAUCUGCGUGGCGGUGUAGAAAGUGCAUCCUGGGAGGUGAAGAGGCAGUUUGGCUGUGGAUGUGCAGUCACAGAGGGAAUACCAAGGCCGGGGUGAAAGCAGCAGUCACAGCUGGGACCUCUAGGCUUCCACGGCCUCCAAAACCCUUUAGAAUUCCUGGUGCCACUCAACCCUCAAGGCUGUGGCCUGAAAAGGGCUAGGGUGCAGAGGCGGGGGUCCCGGAGGUGGCUCACAUGGACACAGUAGUUCUGGGGGUAGGGGAUCCAAAGAACCUGAUAUUCCUGCUGAAGUAAAGCUUGCCAAAGCAA